UUCAGUACCUAUCUAUUUGAAAAUCGAAUACUUCCUCACUUUCCGGGGCUCUCAAGUGGAGAUGGGCGUUUUUUUGUACCAAACUAACAAACAUACCAGGGUUAGAUUGUAUGCACCGGUCUUGCAAGCUGAUUGUUAGUAGUCAAACAUUCUCAGCCCUAGGAGCAGGAACACCAUGUCAAGAUGCAAUCCGCAGAUUCUAGACCAGGAACCGUUACCCAACAAAGCUUGACGCGCCAUUAUCCCACCUCUUUGAGUUUUCUUUGAAGAGGAAGGUCACCCUCGCGAUGGUGAAGUGCCGAGGGGCCUCUCCGUUUAUAAGCACAGUCCUUACCUAUCGAAUCAUCUCCUCUUUCUUCGGUUAGAUUUUUAGGGCCAUGGUAUCAAAGAUGAAAUACUCGUUUUCCGUUCGUUUAGUAACAGCGCUGGCGCUGCUGCCCUUUGCGCAAGCAGCGAAGGAGGUCUUUGCACACUUUAUCGUGGGAAAUGCUCGUUAUUAUGACCUGCCCGACUGGCAGGAUGACAUCCGUCUUGCACAGAAGGCUUCCAUCGAUGGCUUCGUUCUUAACAUUGCUUCGCAAGACGAAAGCAACGCCAACUCCCUGGCCAAUGCCUUCCGAGCUGCCAAUGCUGCCAACUUCAAGCUCUUCUUCUCUUUUGACUAUAACGCACAAGCUCCUUGGUCCAAAGACGCCGUAACCUCCCUGAUCAAUCGCUGGGCGGAUGAGCGCUCGUACUUCAAGCCUGACAACACCUACCGACCUUUAGUUUCCACCUUCGAGGGACCUGAUUAUGCGGAAGACUGGCACGAUAUCAAGGACAAGACCAACUGUCUUUUUGUCCCAGACUGGUCUUCCCUCGGCGCUGCAAACGCAGCCACAAAGGCGGGUGGUAUUGUGGAUGGACUAUUCAGCUACGCUGCUUGGCCAAAGGGGCCUUCUGCCAUGACCACGGAAAUGGAUGAGCAGUAUCGGACCGCGUUAAAGGGUCGUCCUUACAUUAUGCCGGUCGCCGGGUGGUUCUACACCAACCUGCCCAGCUGGAACAAGAAUUGGCUCUGGAAGGGAGAUGAGCUUUGGGAUACGCGCUGGCAGCAGAUAAUCGAAUUCCAGCCCGAAUUCGUGGAGAUUCUUACCUGGAACGACUAUGGCGAAUCGCACUAUAUCGGCCCAGUCCGCGAGAAAUCGCUUGGGCUGUUUCAGAGUGCAAAUGCACCGCUCAACUAUGCCGAAAACAUGCCGCAUGACGGCUGGAGGAGAUUGUUGCCCUAUUAUAUUCAGCAGUACAAGCAAGGCAGCAAGGGCCUGCCGACCAAGCGGACCAGCACCACCGUUGUCAAAACUCUGACCACUAUUGUCACCGCGCCAGCUCCAUCGCCGACGUCAACUGUCUUCAAAGCAGCGGAGCAGGUGGCACAGCAAGACUUCGCUGUGCCAGAAGAGGCGGUUGUAGCCUAUUAUCGUAUUAACCCAGCAAAAGCUUGUAACAACGGCAACACGACUGGCAAUGACCCGAAAUAUCAGGAGGUGUACGCACCAGACGAGCUCCUGCAGGAUAACAUCUUCUUCACCGCUUUGUUGGCAGAGCCAGCCGAUAUCAGCGUUUCGAUCGGUGGGAAGGACCAGAAGGCCACCUUCUCGAAAAAGACGCCGCAGAACGGCAGAGCAGGAAUUUACUCGGGCAAGGUGUUGUUCACCAACAGCAUGGGGGAUGUGGUGGUGUCGGUGUCGAGAACCCUGGAAGACGGGACAACGCAGCUAAUCGCGCAGGCUAAGGGAGGACCAGCUAUCACGGCGGAAUGUGUGGGCGGAAUGGUGAAUUGGAACUCAGCUGUUAUCAGCUCCUGAUAGAAGAGCUUAAUUGUUAUUAUCUUUGUAAUUACCAUAGACGACCUGAUGUCUGAUGGCGUUGAUGAUUAGAGUUAUAAACAUCAAUGUAAAUGAAUGUCUGAUGAAGUCGCCCCCAGAUUUCUCGGCUUUUUUUUUUUUUUUGUUGUUGUGUGGCGGUGAAGAGAUGAAAUCGACGGCCGGCCAUUGUCAUCAAGGUGGAGGGUUGUCAAAGGGCUUUCUUUAUCACCAUGCUAUUGUUUGUGCCUUCAUUGUCUGAUACUGGCAGUUGUCAGGUUGCUGUUGACCUUGACGCCUGAAGAAACAUGAUCGGUUGUCGUCGCUUCAGUGAGUGGAUAUGGCGAUCAUGGCG